UGCGUGGAUCGACGCGUUCUCUGUAAAAGGGGGAAAAAAAAGUAUGUAUAUCGAAAAGUUGUUGGUUUAGAAAUAUUUAGACGACAUUUAACUGUGUGUGAUAUAUUAUGUCAAAGACAAGGAUGACAUAAACGUUCAAACAAAAACGCUGUACGAUAUUUGAAAAUAUAGAGGGUGCUCGAAAGUUCGAGCGGGAGUGUAUACACUGGGAGUGGAACAUUUUCGUCGAUGGGUUACGUGACGAGCGCCUUUAUUCUCGCUUUCAUGCGACAUGAAACGCUGCCGAGCACGAUGGUA